GAUCCAAAUGAAGAUACAGAAUGGAAUGAAAUUUUAAGAGAUUUUGGCAUUCUUCCUCCAAAAGAAGAGCCAAAAGAUGAAAUCGAAGAAAUGGUUUUACGUUUACAGAAAGAAGCAAUGGUUAAACCAUAUGAAACGAUGACUCUUGCACAGUUGAAGGAAGCUGAAGAUGACUUUGAUGAAGAAGAUAUGCGAGCUAUUGAAAUAUAUAGAGAAAAGCGGUUACAGGAAUGGAAAGCUCUUAAGAAAAAACAAAAAUUUGGGGAAUUAAGAGAAAUUUCUGGAAAUCAGUAUGUGAAUGAAGUCACAAAUGCAGAAAAAGAUGUAUGGGUUAUAAUUCAUCUAUACAGAUCAAGCAUCCCAAUGUGUUUGUUGGUUAACCAGCAUCUCAGUCUCCUAGCAAGAAAGUUUCCAGAAACUAAAUUUGUUAAAGCCAUCGUGAAUAGCUGUAUUCAACACUACCAUGACAAUUGUUUACCAACAAUUUUUGUUUAUAAAAAUGGCCAGAUAGAAGGCAAAUUCAUUGGAAUUAUAGAAUGUGGAGGGAUAAAUCUCAAGCUAGAAGAACUUGAAUGGAAGCUAGCAGAAGUUGGAGCAAUACAGACUGAUCUGGAAGAAAACCCCAAAAAAGACAUUGUAGAUAUGAUGGUAUCUUCAAUUAGAAACACUUCUAUUCAUGAUGACAGUAAUAGUUCCAACAGUGAUAAUGAUACCUAA